UUUAGCAAGGACAUUGUAACUUAGUUUCUUUUGUUUUUGUGAAUUUUAUUUUAGUAUAUUAUUUCAUCAUAAAAUAGAAAAUAUAAAAAUAUGAGUUUGCUUCUAAGAGGCAUCCGCUUACUUAAUUCAAAAAAUAGUUUAUUAUUAACUCCAAGAAAAUGCACUAAUAGAUGUUUAAUCAACAAUGUUAAAUCAAAAUGGAAUAUUCAAAGUUUUAAUUCACGAUACAAUAUUGCCUCAAUUGCUCCGUAUCAUAUAAGAGCAUUUAGCACCAAAAAGGAACCAGAUGAUGAACAACCUAUAAAUGAAGGAGAAAAUCAAGGGCAAGUUCCUGCAACUGUUGCUAUUCCAGAAGUUUGGCCACAUUUACCUUUAGUAGCUAUUCGAAGAACACCCGUCUUUCCAAGAUUCAUGAAAAUUAUUGAAGUUACAAAUCCUUUACUUAUAGACGUAAUUAGAAGAAAAGUCAAAUUAAAUCAACCGUAUAUAGGGUUGUUUUUGAAAAAAGAUAGUGAUUCGGAAGAAGAAUUAGUAAAAUCAAUUAGUGAUGUAUAUAGUACCGGAACAUUCGCACAAGUUCAAGAAAUGCAAGAUUUAGGAGAUAGACUGCGUUUAGUAGUUACAGCUCAUCGUAGAAUUAAGGUCUUGAAACAACUUAUAGAAGAUAUAGCUCCUGAAGAAAAACAGGUUAAAAUCAAAUUUCCUGUUUUUAAUAUUAAUCUAUAUACAUCAGCUGAAGAUUCAGAUGAAAAGAGAUCAUCAAGAAGGAAGGUACGACGGAACAACCACAUUAAACCCAAAAUUACAUUAGAGCCAAAAAAUCUUGAGGAACAAAAACCUACAGAACAGCCGGUAUUAAUGGUAGAAGUUGAAAAUGUAAAACAUAUUCCGUUCAAACAAAACGAAGAAAUCAAGGCUUUGACUCAAGAAGUUAUCAAAACAAUACGUGAUAUCAUAUCUCUGAAUCCUUUAUAUCGAGAAAGUUUGCAACAAAUGCUUCAUCAAAAUCAACGAAUAAUAGAUAAUCCAGUGUAUUUGGCUGACUUAGGUGCAUCUCUUUCUGCAGCAGAACCCAAUGAGCUGCAGGGUAUUAUGGAUGAAACAGAUAUUUCAAAGCGAUUAUAUUUAUCAUUAAAUCUUCUAAAAAAAGAAUUGGAAUUGUCAAAACUUCAACAGAAAAUCGGCCGAGAAGUUGAAGAAAAAGUGAAGCAACAGCAUCGGAAAUAUAUUUUACAAGAACAAUUGAAAGUUAUAAAAAAAGAAUUGGGCAUUGAAAAAGAAGAUAAAGAUGCAUUGGGUGAAAAAUAUAGGGAAAAAUUGAAAGCUAAAACUGUGCCAGCGGCUGUUAUGACUGUUAUUGAUGAAGAAUUGAACAAAUUAAAUUUCUUAGAAAGCCACAGUUCAGAAUUUAAUGUUACUCGAAAUUACUUGGACUGGCUUACAACACUACCCUGGGGCGUGACAAGUACAGAAAAUUUAAAUCUUGCUGAUGCAACAAAAAUAUUGGAUGAAGAUCAUUAUGGAAUGGAAAGUAUUAAAAAGCGAAUUUUAGAAUUUAUAGCAAUCAGCCAACUGAAGGGAUCCACACAAGGCAAAAUUUUAUGUUUUCAUGGUCCUCCCGGUGUUGGUAAAACCAGUAUAGCUAAAUCAAUAGCAAGAGCUCUUAAUCGAGAAUACUUUCGAUUUAGUGUCGGUGGUAUGACCGACGUCGCUGAAAUCAAAGGUCACCGUAGAACUUAUAUAGGAGCAAUGCCUGGCAAAAUUAUACAAUGUUUAAAAAAGACACAAACUGAGAAUCCUCUCGUUUUAAUUGACGAAGUAGACAAAAUAGGAAAGGGUUAUCAAGGCGAUCCGAGCUCUGCAUUGUUAGAACUAUUAGAUCCUGAGCAAAACGCAAACUUCUUAGAUCAUUAUUUAGAUGUACCUGUGGAUUUAUCACAUGUUCUUUUCAUAUGCACGGCUAAUGUUAUUGAUACGAUUCCUGAACCAUUAAGAGAUCGAAUGGAAUUGAUUGAAAUGUCAGGAUAUGUGGCUGAAGAAAAACUAGCUAUAGGGAAUCAAUAUCUUCUUCCUCAUGCCCUCAAAGAUUCCGGUCUUACCAAAGAACAAGUUACAGUAGAAGAUGAAGCCUUAACUAGUUUAAUUAAAUUAUAUUGUAGGGAAUCAGGAGUAAGAAAUUUGAUGAAGCAUAUUGAAAAAUUGGUACGGAAGGUAGCUUAUAAGAUUGUGAACAAAGAAAUUGAAAACGCAAUAAUCACUUCUGACUCGUUAUCUGAUUACUUGGGAAAACCCAGGUUCUCCAACGAACGAAUGUAUGAAAAAACGCCACCUGGUGUCGCUAUGGGAUUGGCUUGGACUUCUAUGGGUGGAUCAACAUUAUAUAUUGAAACUGAAAAACGUCGUAUACCAGAUACAAAAGCAGAUAAAAAAGAAAGUGAUGGCUCAAUUUUUGUAACUGGAAACUUAGGAGAUGUUAUGAAAGAAUCUGCACAAAUAUCAUUAACGGUGGCAAGAAAUUUCCUAAAUUCAAUUGAUCCCAAAAAUAAUUUCUUAAAUACCGGGCAUAUUCAUUUACAUGUGCCGGAAGGUGCAACACCAAAAGACGGACCAAGUGCUGGUAUAACAAUAGUAACGGCCUUGUUGAGUUUAGCAACAAAUAAACCACUACGACCCGAUAUUGCAAUGACAGGGGAAGUUUCACUUAAGGGAAAGGUGUUACCUGUAGGAGGAAUCAAAGAAAAAAUAAUUGCGGCAAAACGAAGUGGUGUUAAUACAAUUAUUCUACCCAGCGAAAAUAAAAGAGAUUACACAGAGCUUGCAAAAUACAUUGUGUCAGAUAUUGAUGUUCAUUUUGUAUCACACUACGAUGAAGUAUAUAACAUUGCAUUCGAAAAUUCCAAGAAGGAUUAAAAGUGUUUUUUAUUUGUUACUGUUUUAGGAUAUGUUUACAAAAUAUUGUUUUUUAAUAAAAUACGCUGAAUUUUUUUUACAAAAA